ACCACUAUCGAUAGUUUGGUACUAUCGAUGGUACUAUCGAUAGUCCAGCGACUAUCGAACUAUCGAUGUUUAUAUUAUUCACUUCUCUUCCUUUACGCGGAAUUCAAAUUGUUCGUAAGCUUGUGAUUUUGUUGAAUUUGUGAUUAAACGUAUUGAUUUCUGAAACGAUGGACGACAUUAUUAGCAUUGACGAGGGUGAGUCACUUUCGCCGCCAAAAGUUAAAAAGCCCAGAAUAUCGGAUGUGUGGAAAUAUUUUAAGAAAAAGGAUACAAAAGCUAAGUGCACGUAUUGUGAAAAAGAAUAUGCACACUGUGGAAAUACGAGCAAUUUAAAAGACCACAUGUCUAGGUGCGACGGUAGUCGAAGCAGUAUGCGGAGCAACGCCACCACCAGCAGCAGUAGCACUACAUCGUCGACCGCGUCUUCAUCGCAAAGUACACUCGACUUUUUUAUCAAAAUCGCACCGAGAUAUGAUCAAAAUUCGUCAAGAAAGAAGGAAAUCGAUCGCGCGCUUGCAUUAAUGGUGUGCCAAGAUUAUCAACCAUUUUCAAUAGUUAACGAUGAAGGCUUUCGAAAUUUUGUUCGUGUUUUAGACACGAGGUAUGAGUUACCUUGCAAAACAACUCUAAAAAAUAAACUAUUAAAAUCGCAAUAUGAUGAAAUCAAAAUCCAGAUUAAAAAUGAACUGGAGAGUGUCGCGCAUAUUGCAAUAACUUGCGACAUGUGGAGCUCAAGGGCUAAUGAUGGAUAUCUUACUGUGACAAGUCAUUUCAUUACAAAUGAUUUUGAUUUGAAAU